GUCUUCCAAGGAUGAGGAUUUUGGUGACUGGCGGCGCUGGGUUUAUUGGCAGCCACACUGUGGUUGAGCUUCUGACUCAAAACCACGAAGUUGUCAUUGUGGACAACCUGAUCAACUCGAGCGCCGAAUCGGUCAAGCGCGUCGAGGCAAUCACGGGAAAGCACGCCCCGUUCCACAAGGUCGACCUGCUCGACCGCGAGGCACUGACUGCCGUGUUUCGGGCUGAAACCACUGCCAAGUCGGCCACGUUCGACGCCGUCAUCCACUUUGCUGGACUGAAGGCUGUCGGAGAGUCUUCGCAGCUCCCGCUCAAGUACUACCACAACAACAUCACUGGAACGCUCGUCCUGCUCGAGGUCAUGGAGCAGUUUGGCGUCAAAAACCUCAUCUUCUCGUCCUCGGCCACCGUCUACGGUGCCCCAGACUACCUGCCACUCAACGAGAAGCACCCGCUCAGGACGACCAAUCCAUACGGUGCCACCAAGCUGUUCAUUGAGCAAAUCCUCCGCGACGUCCAGGCUGCCAACAAGUCAAUGAACAUUGUCCUGCUGCGCUACUUCAACCCUGUCGGUGCCCACAAGUCCGGCACGAUCGGCGAAGACCCUUCAGGCAUUCCCAACAACCUGAUGCCGUACAUUGCUCAGGUUGCCAUCGGCCGCCGUCCCUUCCUCAACGUCUACGGCAAGGAUUACGACACCCCCGACGGCACGGGCGUGCGCGACUACAUUCAUGUGGUUGAUCUCGCGCUGGGCCACGUCGCGGCGCUCGCCCGCAUCCAAGACAACUGCGGCUGUGUCGUCUACAACCUCGGCACCGGCAAGGGCUACUCUGUGCUCGAGAUGGCCAAGGCGUUUGAGAAGGCCUCUGGCAAGCCCGUUCCUGUUGAGUUUGCACCACGCCGUGCUGGCGACGUGGCUACUGUCUACGCCGAUCCUGCGCUGGCAGCAGCCGAACUCAAAUGGACUGCCACGCGAAAUCUCGAGGAAAUGUGCGAGGAUUUGUGGCGCUGGCAAAGCCAAAACCCCACCGGCUUUAACAAGGCUACCUAGCGCAAAACAAGAAAACUGGUGGAAAACUGGCACUCGACGGUGUGGGUCAAAUGGUUGGCCAUUCAACCCAAGCCGACUGCAUGUGCAUGUGCACCAGGAUGUAAAAGCAGGUGAAUAACAGUGCAGUGUUAAAUGUGUGGGCAGAUUUUUCGUACAGUCAAGGUCGAGCAAGCGAGCCA